AUGAAAAGUUCUGGAAGAAAGAUGUGCACCAAAAGAAACGUGGGCCUCAGUCAGUCAAUGCAAAGACCAUCAGCUCCGACUCAGAAUAACCCCUACAAUCUGCCAGCUAAAUAUAAGAUCCUGGAAAUCAUGGGAGAGGGCGGCUUCGGGAAAGUUUUAAGGUGUUUGGACACGGACACGAACAAUGUGGUGGCUGUAAAAAUCCCCAGAUUCAAACAGUGCUGCAGAAAGGAGGUGGCCAUACUACAAAUGUUAAUGACCAAAAAACUGGACCAGCACAGCAUCGUCAAGUUCCACAAAUGUUUUAGCAUGAGGCAUGGCGAGGCGCUCGUCUUCGAGAGUCUGGAAAUGAGCCUAGAGGACCACAUUCUCACCAACGGCCUCCAUACUAAGAAGUUACCUAAAAUUAGGACCAUAAUCAAACAGGUGGCCACAGCGCUUAACGCACUGAAGAGCAUCGGGGUGAUCCACACGGACAUAAAACCGGACAACAUCAUGCUAGUGGACCUCAAAAGACCCUUAAGAGUCAAGCUCAUAGACUUUGGCUUGGCCAUACACAAAUCUAUGGCCGAGCAGGGCAUGGAUUUGCAAACCCUUUCCUUUAGGGCUCCAGAGAUUAUUCUGGGGCUUCCAUUUUCGGAGGCCAUCGACAUGUGGUCUGUUGGAUGCCUAUUAUUCUUUAUGCUCUUCAGUGAUCUCCUGUUUGACGACACCAGUGAAUACGACACACUGCGGUUCAUGAUUAAACUCCUGGGUCAGCCGCCCGACAAAGUUCUAAACGAAGGACAAACGACACAUGUUUUUUUUAAGAAGACAAAGUCCAACAGCUGGAAAAUCAAGACGCCUAAGGAGUACUGGAAAAGGAACAUUCCUAAAGUCCUCAGGAGACCCAUGUUCUCAUCUAUAGAUGAUCUAAAACAGGUCAGAAUGAACAGAGCUGACGCUGCAGAACACGAGCAGUGCAUCGAGCUGAUGAAGGCCAUGCUGCAGAUGGACCAGAAUAAGAGGAUCACACCCGAUGAAGUCCUCCAUCACCCCUUCAUCACCCAGUCUCACCGUUGCUCCCAGAAGAAGAAGACUGCGAUCAAGGUGACCAGAAACGUUUUUCCAUUGGGUGUGAUCCGUGUCCGACCUGCAGCAACCAAGAACAUGCUGCAGCUAGAGAAAGAGGACACAUCAAUCAGCAAGGACACCGAGACGCCAUCAUCCCCAGAUGACGACAGCAAGGAAAAGGAAAAGAAGAAGAAUUGCUUCCAGCGGUUUAAAUCCUGGUUCAAGAAGAAAUUCUUCUGCAACCGAGUCGGCGUCAUAGGAUAA